CGAUAUUUUUUUCGGCUCUUCUCUGAUUGGCCAACGCAGCAGCAGCAGCAGCCCGUUGCACCUUGAUUCCACCUGUCGCCGGUCCACCUGCUGGAGAGAAAGUUCCGCGGCUCGCGGGGAUUGUAAUUUUGAUUUCAUAUUAACACGGUGUCCAAUGUUGUUUUUAUUGAAUGUCACAUUUAAUAUAACACGGACGGUGCGUUAGCUACUUCCUGGCAUUGUCCUACAAAGUGAACGCGGAUUGGUCGAUAUUUUUUUUCGGCUCUUCUCUGAUUGGUCAACGCAGCAGCAGCAGCAGCAGCAGCCCGUUGCACCUUGAUUCCACCUGUCGCCGGUCCACCUGCUGGAGAGAAAGUUCCGCGACUCGCGGGGAAGUUGCUGAACCGGAGUGGGCUGCUCCAUCCUGGAGGGGGAGGGAACGAGUCCGGAACAGAGGAAGGAAACUCAAAAAGAAAAAAGAAGUUGGACGAGUUUCUACCUUUCGGCGGAGGAAUGUCACGCUCCGGAAGCAGACACACUCUUCCAGUUGAUAUUUAUAAAACAUGUCGACGUUAAUUUAAUCUACUCUGUUCGCACGCAGAAGAAGAAAUGACGUCGGAGCUCGGAGCGAACGCGAGCGAACAACUUUUGGAAGUGGACAUAUCAUGCGGCGGCGCCUUCGUCACCUCCGCCGCCCGCCGGCAGGACGACUUCUGCGGCUUCCAGCGGUGGACGAGCACCGCAGAGGCACCGCCGACGCCGCCAGGCGACACGUCGUCACCUCCGGGUCGGCGGCCGCAGCGGGAGGUCCCCGGAGUGCACGGAGCUCCGCCCGGCACCGUCACUGGUAUUCCUCCCGCUGCCAGCCACCACCGGGACACUUACUCCACCACCACCACCACCACCACCGGCGGCGGCGGGGGGGGCGGGGACAGCGACUCCGAGUCCCAGUGCGACGGACUGCGAGCGGCGAGGAGCUCCAUCGUCGACUGCCUGCUGGUCGAGCUGUACGAGACGUGCGGCGGCGGCGGCGGCCGCAGGCACGUGGACAGCUGGGACAGCUCCACCGAGGCGUCCGGCUCGGACGCGUUCCUGGGCCGCAGCAACUCCGGCUCCAGCUUCCUGCAGGAGCUCCAGGAGAAGCACACCAGGCGGCACCAGGUCAACUACCUGGCCCAGAAAGCCCCCGAGGAGCUGAGGUCGAUCAUCCAGGAGGUGAAGUAUCGCUCGGCGCUGCAGUCGGCCAAGCUGCUCCGCCAGCUGAAGAGACGAGACCGACUCUGUCACAAGCUGCAGAAGAACUACGACAUCAUCACGGCGUGUCUCCAGGCCGUCUCGCAGAAAAGACGAGUCGACACGAGGCUGAAGUUUACCAUUGAACCGUCGCUGGGGAAAAAUGGCUUCCAGCAGUGGUACGACGCCCUCAAAGCGGUGGCGAGGCUUUCGACCGGGAUACCGAAGGAAUGGAGGAAAAGGGUCUGGCUCACGUUAGCAGACCAGUACCUCCACAGCAUCUCCAUCGACUGGGACAAGACGCUCCGCUUCGCCUUCAAUGAGCGCAGCAACCCCGACGACGACUCACUCGGCAUCCAAAUCGUCAAGGACCUGCACAGGACGGGCUGCAGUUCCUACUGCGGCCAGGAGGGGGAGCAGGACAGGGUGGUGCUGAAGAGGGUGCUGCUCGCCUACGCCCGCUGGAACAAAGCUGUGGGCUACUGCCAAGGAUUCAACGUCCUCGCCGCUCUCAUCCUGGAGGUUACCGAGGGCGACGAGAGCGACGCACUCAAGGUGAUGAUUUACCUGAUCGACAAAGUGCUGCCAGAGAGUUACUUUGCCAACAAUCUUCGAGCGUUGUCAGUGGACAUGGCCGUGUUCAGAGACCUGCUGCGUCUGAAGCUGCCCCGACUCUCGCAGCACCUCCACCACCUGCAGAAAGCAGCCAACAGAGACGCCGGAGGCAGUUACGAGCCGCCGCUCACCAACGUCUUCACGAUGCAGUGGUUCCUCACCAUGUUCGCCACCUGCCUGCCGGCCGCCACCGUGCUCAAGAUCUGGGACUCGGUCUUCUUCGAGGGCUCGGAGGUGCUGUUCCGCGUCGCCCUCGCCAUCUGGGAGAGACUGGGAGAGAGGAUCGAGUAUUGUCAGACGGCCGACGAGUUCUACAGCACCAUGGGACAACUCACUCAGGAGAUGCUGGAGCACAACCUCAUGGAUCCCGCCGAACUCAUGCAGGAGGUUUACUCCAUGGCGGUGUUUCCCUUCCCUCAGCUGGCUGAGCUGAGAGAGAAAUACACCUACAACAUCACCCCGUUCCCCACCGCCGUCAAAUCCAACGGAAGCGGCGGUCUGGGCAGCUGGGAGAGCGACGACGACGCCGACAUGGACGACGAAGACGCCGUGGUGACUGCGCUCGGCUGCCUGGGGCCCCUGGGGGGACUGCUGGCCCCCGAGCUGCAGAGGUACCAGAGACAUCUGAAAGACCAGCGAUCGGAGCAGGGGAACUUCGCGGCGCUGACCCCGGGCGCGGUGGGAGCCGGUGGGGCAGGCAGCAACGGCGUCGGUGGAGGAGGAGGAGGAGCCAGGGCGGAGCAUCAAGCGGCCAUCAACAGCAUGAUGACGGAGAGGAUGAGCACCGACAUCUACGCCCUGAAGAAGCAGUACACGCGCAUCAAGAGGCGGCAGCAGCAACAGGCCAUGCAGCUGUACAUACGCACAGGACUUGGACGUGACGUCCCCACAAGUCCAGGAAUUCUUCUGGAGAGUCCCAACAAACCCGUCGACGGUAGCGACCAGCGAGCCGACGACAAGUGCCCCGCCACCCGGGUCCUCGCCUCCCAGCUCAACUCGUCCAGCACCGUGGUCAACCACCUCCUUCUGGGUCGCAAACCACGUGAAGGUCCCCGGGGGUCCAAACUGUCGUCCGCCGGCACAACCACGCUACUGGAGGCUCGACCUUCUGCCCCUCUGUCCCAGGGUCAGGGCUCCCCGAGCACCGGAUGUCCGGGCAGCUCCGGAGGAGGCGGGUCACCCUGGCGCGCCCACGUCCGGGUUCAUCGGAGGAACGUAGCCAGGGCUCGAGCACAGCUGGGCUUUGGAGAUUCGGAGGAAAGGGAAGGAGAUGAUGAGGGAGGAGGGUCGGAGAGAUUAGAGGGUGAAGAGGGGAGGAAGAUUGAGGAAAAUGAUGAUGGUGAGGAGCAGAACGACGAGUGUGACGCCUCCGUUUCUCCGUCUCCUGAUGCGUCUGUUACCGGGUCUGUAUGUGAAGAGGCUCCGCGGGUCGCAGACGAGACAAAAGCAGCAGAGGUUGAGGAGGUGGUGGUGCGGCUGGACUCCCUGGUUCUGGGGGACGAGUCGAACCCGACCUCAGAUACACGACCCGAGGUCCCUCUUCUCCCUCCUCCACUGUCCUCACACAGACACACACAGUCUGACUCGUCAGGCUCACAGAGAAACGCCGGCUCCUCCGCUGCUUCACCUCCACCUCACCACUCCUCCAUCCCUUCUUCUUCCCCCGUCCCAUCAUCGCACUCUCCAACGCCACCCUCCACUCCGACACCAGACUCCACCUACCGCCUCCCUUCCUCCUCAUCCGCCACCUGCUUGUCCACCUCCUCCACCACCUUUUACAAAACCUCCUGCCCCUCCACGCCCUCGCUCUCCUCGUCUUCCUCCAAAUCCCAAAUCUCCUCCUCCCCGUCGACCCCGGCGUUCACCACCACCUCCGCCAGCCCGAAGCACCAAGUCUUUUCCCCGUUCCCCAGUGUGAAGCAGCCCAGGAAAUCAGUCGCGGCGCGAAACCUCGGCCUCUACGGCCCCACGUCUCGUACGCCCACCGUGCACUUCCCCCACCUAGGCCGCAGCCUCAACUGUAGCGGCGCCUCCACCGGCACCACCAGGAGGCGAUGAAGCCCCUCAGAUUGUUACACGAUAUUUAAAAAGAAUAAUCAUUCUAUAAUUACACCAUGUUGCCUCCUGCAUAACAAGAAAGUAACCCAUGGCUUAUUUAAUGUUCCGGAAAUGUAACGUUUCCUGAUUUCUCAAAAGUGAGGCGGGAAGUUCGUGGUUCACCUCAAUAAUUCACAAAUUCACAUUUAAGAAAAAACAAUAAUGAACAAGUUGACGGUUAAGUAUGACGACAUUUUCCUCAUGGUGUGUUUAGUGUUUAAGCUGGAUGUCGCAAUGUAGAGCCCUUUACAAUGGCCUAUGCAGGUCCUUCUUUACCAUAAUCAAUUCAUGAAGGUAAAUGAUCAACUCGUCACAAAUGUCUUUGUCGAGGCAUUAAGUUACUGUACAGACACAUGAGGAGACACACGCUUUACUUCUGUUCUCACAUCACACUUUUUUCUUUCUUCCUAUUAUCACACAAUAGACAUCCAGUUGUGUAUUUAAAAGAAGUAACCACUCGAGAAGCAAAAAUAUAUCCUAAAGAAUUUAUGUAAAGGAAAACAUCAAAAUGUAGUCUGUGUAUGAAUGUGUCCAAAAAAACAAAACAUACCCAAACAUAAAAGUUUUUUUUUCUUCUU